UAACCCAAACAAACAUCCAAUAUUUGCUGUCUUCCCUUCCCUCACUUGCAUCACCCAAUUUCACUUUCUCUUUUACCUAAUUAUUGUGUCUCUCUCUUCUUCCUCUCUCCUCACCCCUCCAUUUGCUGUUGUGAGAUCUAAUCUGAAAAACCAAAGACGAGCAUCAGUGAAGGUUGGAAGAGCAUGAGUCCAGCUAACUUGGGAGCUCAGUUUGGAGACACCACUUACACCAAGGUCUUCGUGGGCGGCUUGGCUUGGGAGACCCACAAGGACACCAUGAACAAAUACUUCCAACAGUUUGGGGAUAUCUUGGAAGCCGUUGUUAUUACCGACAAGGCCACCGGUCGAUCCAAAGGCUAUGGAUUUGUCACUUUCCGGGAGCCCGAAGCCGCUAUGAGGGCUUGCGUGGAUGCUGCUCCGGUGAUCGACGGGCGGAGGGCUAAUUGCAACCUCGCUUCUCUCGGGGUUCAAAGAUCCAAACCCUCAACACCCAACCACGAGAAAAAGAAAUGGGAAUUGGCAGGCGGCGGCGGAGGUGGAGGAAGAAACUUUAGGGUAUUGAGCUGUUUCCAGAGUGGAUUUGGAGGGAAUGUUGGAUCAGCUUUUCAUUCAACACCAACUUUCCCUCAUUAUGCUGUCCACCAAGGGAUCCCUUACAAUCUCUAUGGGUACUCUUCCUAUUCCCCGGACUUCACUUACCCUACGAGCUAUUACAAUGUGUACGGUGGCGCAACUGCACAGUACCCUGUGUAUAGUACUGGUCCCGGCGGCUUAAUGAGUGGUGCGGCGGCGUUCUACCCGUAUUUCCAGUUUGGGGAAGGAAGUGGCGGCGGCGGCGGAGCCAAUGGGUUCAGUGUCGGUUCUGGUCAACAGGGUUAUGGGGUUCAGUACCCUCACCAUCUGUUUCAGUACUCGGCUGGGAUUAAUUCAACUGCAACCACGUUCCCACAGCACUAUGGUGGUCCUCCUAUGUCUCUCCCGCCCACGCCACCCACCCUGCCAUCAGUGUUUUUUGCUGUGCCACAGGCGUGACAAUGGCUCUAACUGCACCAAUCCCACAUCGCUAGAGAGACACAAAACCCUCAUCUCUCAACACUCUUUCCUACUCCUACGCCCUAACCAUGGUUCCAUCUCUCUCUCUCUCUCUCUUUAUUUCACUCACUCUAACACCAACCAACCAACACACAUGCCCCUCGUCGGGGCCAAACCGAACCGAACCAAACCAACCCACCCAAAACUCACCUCCAAAGUUGGAGCAAAAUCAUGCAUUUUCAUUUUUUCAUUUCAUUUUGUGAUGAUGGGUCAAAAAAAAAAAAAAACCCAACUUUGGCCAACAAGGGAUUUGGCCUUGAGUUGGCGAAAAUCUGCCAAUAGCAUGGUUUUAGUGCAAGCUAUGAAGGGGUGAUCCCCCUUUUUGUUGUAAGUUGAUGAGCCUAGGAGUGGCUCUCAAGGACAUUACAACAAUCACCUUUUUCAAAAACAAACACUUGUUGGGUUUGCAUCAAAAUUGUAAAUUUCAUUCCAAAACAGCACACCCAUUUCUUCCAUCACUUUGAACAACAAAAAAGCUCAUAUUUUUCCCAACUUUUGAUCUUCAUUAUCAUCAUCUGUAAUUAAAUUUGAAGUAGGAGUAAAGUACUAUGAGAAGAAAUUCAGAUUUUAAAGAAUUGGUGGGGCAAGGGAUGCCCCACCUUUAUCUUCAAAAAUUAGGACAAAUCACCAAGUUUUAGAAUUAGUGGCUACAUUGUCUCUGUCUUUUUCUUCUUCUUCUUCUCUUUUUAUGGAUUAAUUUAGUAUUAGUUUGACAUAUUCCUCUUGGGGUAAGGGGAUUAAUUAACUCUUAAGCUACCAUAUUAGUUUGUUGUAAUUAAAAUUAAGAAACAAUGGUUGUUGAACUUAUGGGAGUUACAACCUGGUUUAAUUUUUGGUAAACCAAAGCACAAAUAUUGCUGUUGGUUUAACAUUAUUUUGUUGUUUUGAUUAGAAAUUUAGGAUUAGGGUUUAAAGCAUCAUCCAUGAUUUUGAGAUGGUCCAUUAAUGGAUACGGAGCUCUCAAAAUAAGCAUUUUGCAUGUGAGCCAUUGGGAGAUAUUUGGGUUCCCUUUGGCUUCUUCAUCUUCUUCUUCUUCUUCUAACCCAAGAAACCAACCAAGCAACCAACCAUGGUUAGGACAUAGGCCAACUUCAUGCCUUUCUUCAUUUCUUGCUCUCCAAUUCUGCUGUGUUUUAUGUGUCUGCGUGUUCGAGGACUUUGGGUGGACCUUGGAAACACUGUGUUCUAAUUAAUUAUGUCGCUAAAAGAAGAGCCUUAUUUUUUGUUUUUCCCUUUUCAUGUCUAUGGUUUGUAAUGUAAUUAGAUGUUGGGUACCUUUCUUCCAUAUCAGCACUUCUACUAAGAUUCAGUUCUUCAUCAGCUUGCUCCUUUGCAGCUGCUUGAUGAAUAACCUACGUACCUUAAUAUUAAUUGCUUCUUUCUUUCUC